AUGAGCUCCAAGACCACGACACGCGGAGGCACAGCAUUGUUUGCUCAAAGAUUGGUUCGAAAUUCUAAAACAGGAUGGAAUGAAGAUCGGGUUCAUGAACUGGUUUGCGAUGAAGACGUUCCUUUGGUUCUGUCUACAACAAUCAGUUCUCGAGCGACACACGAUAUGAUAGGGUGGCAUUACAACAUGAAUGGGAUUUACUCAGUGAAAUCGGCUUAUUGGUUAGCUACUCAUUUGCCAGAGAAUGAUGAAAUCGUCACUCCAUCACCUAAUGUGGCGCUUAAUAAUCUCAUCUGGAAACUGCAAACUGCACCGAAGAUUAAACACUUUCUCUGGAAGGUAUUCGGAGCUUAUGGCGAAGGAGGACCGGAGGUGAUGAUCGGAGAUGGACCAGAAGGAGAUCGGAGUAAUCGGAUGGCAAAACAAGCAAGACGGAACAGAGCCUUGAGCAAAAGGAAACAGAGUGCUUGA